AUGAAUUGGGAGAAAGGAGGUAAGGGCACAGUAAGACAAGGCUCCAGAAGUGCAACUUUUGAGGAUUAUGUCAUGCAAUUGUUGACUGAAAUAAAAGAGGACAUAAAAGGUAAUUCUCAGGGCACUGAAAAAUUGGGCAAGGACUUUGAGGAACUGAGAGUGGAACUGAAAGCAGUGAAAAUGAGUUACAAGUCACGAGACGAGACUGACUCAGCUAGAGACAAUUAGAGUGACUGAUUUAGAAAGAUUACAAUAUGAAAAUUCAAAUUUGAUCACAUUUCUUCAGAUGAGAGAGCUGGAAUCUCAGCUACGAUUGAGAGGGGUUCCUCAACUGGAACAGGAUCGGCUCAGGGAGUGGAUGAUAAAUCAAUUUGUGGUGUGGUGGGACUUGAAAAAAGAUGAAGUUAACUCUUGGACAGAAAAGGUCUACAGAUUUGGUUCUAAAAAAGAUUCAAAAAUUAUCUACGAUUGAAUUGUGGUCUUCAAGCCUAAAGAACAAAGAGAUAUUAUUUUGGGCCUGCAUUACAAAAAAGGUUUAAAAGUUCAGGAUAAAGCAAUUGUCCUUUUUAAGGAGUUUCCUAAACAUUUUUUGAACUUGAGAUCCAAUUAUACAGAUUUGGCAACCACCCGAGAAGGAAAAAUAUAUAUUUAUAGGUGGGUAUUCCCGGAGGGCCUUUUCUUCAGAUUUGAGGGAAGGAAACAAAUAAUUAAGACUGUUGGAGAGAAGGAUAGGUUUCUGCAAAAGCACUCAGUUGAACUUGGGUUGGAAAGCCCACAGGGGGCAGGGGCAGCAGCACUCUAACUGAUUAGGAUGGCUUUGAGAAUUUACUCUUGGAAUGUCAAUGGUUUAAACUCUCCACAAAAAAGGAGUCAGAUUUAUCAUGUUUUGUCAAAGCAGAAUUUGGAUUUAAUUUGUUUACGUGAAACACACAUCAAAAGACAACAUAGAAAAAUUAUUUUGAAUAAGAAACUUGGUCCAGAAUUCAUUUCCUCAGAUAAAGUUAAAAAAAGAGGAGUGGUGUUUUAUGUUAAAGAAAAGUGGAAUCCAACAUUGAUUUUAAAACAUGAGGAGGGAAGAUACAUAGCAAUAGAAAUUGCAGCACAAGGCAAAAAACAUCUAUUGGGAGUCUAUGCACCUCAUGAUGGCAAAGCGAAAUUUUUUAAGAAUGUGGAAACAAAGCUUCUGGACUACUUGGAUUAUAUAUUAAUUCUAAUGAGAGAUCUGAAUGGAGUUGCAUCAACUCUAAUGGGUAGGACUCAGAGACAAAAAAUACUGAAUGCUGUCAGACUACCAAAGACAUUUUUUGACAUAACAGAUAAAUUUGAUUUGUCAGACAUACGAAGAAUUAGAAAUCCAAAUUAAAAGACUUUACAUUCUAUUCAGAUGCAAAUCGAUCAUUUUUGAGAAUCAACUAUUUAUAGAUAUCCAGAGACUUGGUUCCCAGAGUAACAAAAAUGGAAAUUUGCCCCAAAACCUGUUCAGAUCACUAUGCAGUAUUUAUGGAAGUGCAAUUGUUUUUACAGGGAUCUUUCAGAUGGAGGAUGAAUGAUGAUUUGUUGAGGAAUGGGCAAAUAAUCAGGCCCGAAAGACUCUAAAAGACUAUUUUGAGAUGACUAUGACUUUUGGAAUGGAAAAAAGAGUCAUUUGAGACGCAAGUAAAGCAGUAACAAGAGGAUUCCUCAUUCAACAAAAUUCAAUUAAGAGAAAGAUACAAAAUGAAAAGAAAGAUAAAAUUUUGGAUCAAUUAAAAUAAAGAGAAGAACCUUAGAAGUAAUCCAACGAAUUUGCAGAUACAAAAGAAAAUUAAAGCCUUACAGAUCCAGUAUUCACAGAUUAUAAACCAAUAAAUAGAAUGGAAAUUAAGACUGAUGAGACAAAGGAAUUUUGAAUCUGCAUAUAAAUGUGGGAAACUCUUAGCUUGGCAGUUAAAAAAAAAGACAGAAACAAAGUACUAUUACAAAUACUGUAUCAGAAGGAAAGUCUGUGGAGACCCCUGUGGAGAUAAGAAGAUGUUUCCAGAAGUAUUACAAACAAAUGUAUAAAAAUGGUAAAGAAGACAAGGUCAAAAUUGAGCAGUUUAUUAAAACUAAUGGCUUGCAGAAGAUUCCUGAAGGUAAAAGGAUCCUACUAAAUGGUUUAAUUACACGGCAGGAGGUCGAAAAUGCAAUAAAUUCAAUGUAACUUGGCAAAGCCUCAGGACCAGAUGGAUUGUCAGCAAAAUACUAUAAGACUAUGAAAGAUUGGCUUAUUCAGUCAUUGGUAGAAGUUUGCAAUAAGGUAAUAGGAGGGGACAAAGCACCCGAAACCUGGAAGGAAGCUUAUAUAACCCUGAUUCCAAAACAAGAUCAAGAUAGAUCUAAUGUCAAAAACUAUAGGCAAAAACUAUAUGAAAGAUAAUAUUAGGAAUAUAGUUGAUAUUUUGGAAAAGUUAGAAACAAGAAAAAUUGUAAAGCAAUGUUAAUGUUUAUUGAUGCGGAGAAGGCCUUUGACAACGUGUCUUGGAGUUUUAUGAUACAAAAUUUAGAAAGUAUUGGGGUUGGACAGGAGUUUUUAAAUGGUAUUAAUGUGGUUUAUCAUUAACAAAAAGGCGCAGCGAAUCCAGCAGGCUGCUGUGGAGAUCUGUAUGCAACUGCUAAAGGGACUUGAAUUCAAGUGGCACAGAUUUUGGGAAUACAAGGGUUCCUUUCUGAAAGGAAAGGAGCAGAUUUCUUGACUAUCGGUGACCUAAGAUAUUUGGGCCUCCCCUGAUGAUGCUCAGUUGCAACUCCCAUCAUCCUCGCUUCUUAGCCUUGCUGGCCAGGGCUGUUGGGACUUGAAGUCCAGCAACCUCUGGAGUGCCAGAGAUUAGCUACCCAGGUUUAGGGCCAGGGCUGUAAUGUAGGAAUUUUUGGAACAGCUAGGCACCGGCGUACAAACCCCUGACAUAAAACUAAAAUGUGAGAGAGGGCACUUGCUCUUCAUGCAAAAGGCCUCCAGUUAAUGUGAAUUAUCCAGUUUGUUUGUGGGUCAGAUUAGGAUCUGUGUAUGCCCCUCCUGCAGUUACUUGCAUAGUAGAGGGAUUGCAAUGGCAUCUUGAGAAGGGAGCAGGAGGCAAGGAAGCCAAGCUCAAAAGCAGCCCACCGAAACAGCCUCAGGAUUCUUCUUCCAAACAGGAGGCAGGCCCAGAUAUGAGGUCCGCUGGAGGCCACGGAGUGGGUAGCGAGCAAGAAACCUUCCAAAUCUAGUAGAAUGGCUACUAAACCACCUUUGCUUGAUAUUGCAGCCUGCGUGGAAAGAUCGGAGGCUUCAGGUAGUAAAGGGGACUUGUUCACCUCGAGCUUGUUCACCGUGCCAUGGCUUCAGAAGGAAGAUGCAAGACCUCCGGAGCAGAAUCUUCCAGCGGAGAUAUCUGCAGGUGAGAAUCUGGCACCUACCUUCACAGUGGUGGGGCUGGCUGGCUUGGAGCUGGGUUUCACCACGGGGCUCCUGUUGUGGGGUUGAAGGGGUUGUGCAAAUUUGGCCAUUGCCACAGCCAGUUUAGGGGGAGGUACCAAAGGAUGGGACAGAGCUGACUGAAGAGACGUUACUGGUGCAGCCAGGAGAUGUGCGAGGAGAACUUUGUGCAGCUGUCUAGACCGACAGUCAAUUGGGUGCAGUCAGGUAAGAAGGUGGACGCAGUUAUGAAAGGUAUCGCAUACGGGGAGGCCUCGAGUUGGAUAUCCUUGAUUGCCUGCCACCAAUGAGCAAAUAUGAAAAGGGGAGUUUGUGGAUGUGUUUGUCCUUUCUUGAUUUAUUUGUUCUUUUUAUUAAACGUAUUCGUCACUUUCUUACCAAAAUAACGAAAAGCAUAUUGCAAUACUUUUAAGCAAGGAAGCGUGCAAACACACACACACACACACACACACACACAGAGAGAGAGAGAGAGAGAGAGAGAGAGAGACAUUUUAAAUAUCUAUAAUUAUUGGUGGUCUCCAUAUUUAGGGAAGCAGAACAAAUGAAUAAAAUCAGAGGGAAUAUGAAUGAGAAGAUAGAAAAAGAUGUAUAGAAAUUUAUUUAUUAAAUUUGUAUGCCACCCUUCCUUCAAAGAUCAAGGGCAGCUCACAACAUAAGAAAUACAAAAUGAGAAUGCAAAAUAGAAAAAUGAGUCAACGUGGCCAGCAGGAUUUUUGGCACCUGGUGGAGCGACAUUGGAGAAACGGCCCAAUAAAGGAAGAGUUGUCAGUGUUUGUAAAAAGCAAAAAAAAAAAAGAAGGAAAGGGUUCUGACCUCCCUUUGUCUCCUCAGCCUGGUCCUCGGACCCUUGUCGGCACAAAAAGAGUCCACGAGAAUAUCCUUGCAGAGUUUUAUUCUUAAAAGUCUUUGUGCAAAACAUGACUGAAUAACUAUACACACCAGCACUAACCAACCCAAACACCAGCCUCAGCACAAAGUAACAUUUCUCACUUUAUAUAUACAACUUGGUGCAGGCCGCUGAGUCAUGCUGACCCAGCUUUAUUCGCAUUAAAGAAACAGCGGCCAUUUUAGCCGUGACACCCCUUCUGCUUCUUAAAUGUGAAAAACCCCAACAGAAACAAUACAUACAUACAUUAUAUACAUAAACCCAGUUUUGUCAUUAAUUCAUUAUGGCAUGUUGCUGGCAAAGGCUUGGUAAACAAAUCAGCAAUAUUAUCUUGUGAUUGACAGUACUCCAGUUUGAUUACCCCAUUCUGUACACAAUCUCUCACAUUUGCAUGACGGAUAGCAAUAUGUUUUGAUGCGGAUUUCAUUAUUUCUGAGCCCGCUAAUGCAAUGCACGAUUGGCUAUCUUCAUACGCUUGGAUAGGCAAAUCUCCUUUACAAUCUAGAUAUUUUAGUAUCUGUAUAAACCACAUGAUUUCAUUGCAUGCUAGUGACAGGCUCCCAUAUUCUGCCUCACAGGAUGAGGUCGCAACAAAUCCUUGUUUCUUUGAUCUCCAUCCAAUUAUGGAAUUGGCAAACAUCAUAACCAUUCCACUUGUAGAUUUUCUGGUAGCUACACAGCUUCCCCAGUCCGCAUCAACAAAUACUUCUAGUUUUUCGUCUUGUGUACUAGAUAUCUUCAAACAUACAUUUAAUGUCCCCUUUAGAUAUCUGAUAAGCCUUUUCAAAGCACACCAGUCAGCAGUACUGGGUUUAGAUACACGUUGGCUCAGAACAUUUGUAGCACAUGCAAUGUCUGGCCUUGACCACUGGCUUAAAUACAGCAGUGAUCCAGAAAUACUUAAAAGAGAAGGGAGUCCAAGAUGGAUGGGAAUUUCUGAAAGGUGAAAUAUUGAAGGUACAAAGGCAGACAAUUCCAACAAGAAAGAAAAGUAGGAGGCAUCUAAAGAAACUUGUGUGGCUGCAUAAGCAGCUUACAGGUAAGCUGAGAUUUAAGAAGGGCAUGUAUACGAAAUGGAAGGAAGGAGAAAUCACGAAGGAUUAGGGUACACAGUAGCCAACAGCUGCAAGGAGAAGGUAAGGCUUUUGACCAAGUCCCCUGUGAUAGACUUGCAGAGAAACUGGUAAAAUUUGGGUUGGACGAGCAGUUUGAAAGCAUGCCAGUGCAAGUAGAUAAAUGGGUACUGAUGUGGCAGGAACGUAAAUGGUGUUUCCGUGCACCCUAGAUUUUGUCACGCCACAAGCGGUUUAGUCCUGCUGGCCACAUGACCUGGAAAACUGUGGAUAAACGGUGGCUCCCUCAGCCUGAACGCGAGAUGAGCGCCGUAACCCCAUAGUCGCCUUUGAGUGGACUUAACUGUCCAAGGGUUCUUUACCUUUUUUUACUUUACCUUUAGGUGGGUUGGUAGCUGGUUGACUGACUGAACCCAAAGAGUGCCCGUUAAUGGUUCCUUAUCCUGGAAAAAAGUGACAAGUGGGGUGCCACAGGGUUUUGUCCUGGGUCAUUGUUGUUCAGCGUCUUUAUGUAUGACUUGGAUGAUGGAGUUAUGGGGAUGCUCAUCGAAUUGGCAGAUGACACCAACCCUGGAGGGGGAGCUAAUGCUGCAGAAGGCACAAUUGGGAUUCAAGAUGACCUUAACAGAUUGGAGAACUGGGUCCAAACUAACAAAAUGAGUUUUGAUACGGGCAACUGUCAGGUUCUGCACUUAGGCAGGAAUAACCAAUUUUACAAAUAUAAGACAGGAAAUACUUGGCUUGCCAGUAAGACAUGUGAAAAGGAUCUAGGGGUCUUGGUGGUCCACAAGCUUAGCAUAAUUCAACAGUGUGCUGCAGCAGCAAAACUAGCUAAUGCUAUUCUAGGCUGCAUCAAAAGAAGUCUAGUGUCCAGAUACAGGGAAUUAAUAGUCAUCUAUUCUGCCUUGUUCAGACCAUACCUGGAAUACUGUAUCCUGUUCUGGGCACCCCAAGUUUAAGAAACAUGAUUGAUAAUCUGGAAAGUGUUCAGAGAAGGGUGACCAAGAUGAUCGAAGGUCUAGAAGCCUUAUGAGGAAUGGUUGAAGAAACUGGGUAUUUUUAGCUUGGAAAAGAGGAGGCUGAGAGGAGAUACGAUACCCUUCUCUACAUACCUAAAGGGCUGCCACAUGGAAGAUGUAGCCUGCUUAUUUUACCCCUCUCUGCAGGGUAGGGGCUGAACCAGUGGCUUCAGGUUAGAAGAAAGAUUCUGACUCAACAUCAGGAAGAACUUUCUGACAGGGCGAGCUGCUCAACAGUGGAACGGUCUCCUUUGGGAGGUUGUAGACUCUCCUUCCUCGGAGGUUUUUAAUCAGAGCUUGGAUGGCCAUCUGUCAUGGAUGCUUAGCUGAAAUUCCUGCAUUGCAGGGUUGGACUAGUUGGCUCUUGGGGUCCCUUUCAACUCUACUAUUAUAUGAUUCCAUCAGUUUUCAAUGUUCAGAUUAGGGUAGGGGUGGUAACAUAUAUGACCUAUAGUUGUUGAGCAACUUGGGGAGUAGAACUUGCAUAUUAGGCGACAGGACAACUAGUUGGAACGUUAAUAAUAAUAAUAAUAUAAUAAUAAUAAUUUUUUAUUUAUACCCCGCCCUCCCCAGCCAAGGCCGGGCUUAGGGCGGCUAACAAGCAAUAAUAAAAACAAGUUGAAUCAUUACAACUUAAAAACAAAAUUAAAAUACAACAUUAAAAUAUUGAAACAUUAAAAUAUUGUAAAAUUGUAGCCUCAUCACAGGAGGAGAAGGAAAAUAAAAAAGAAAGAGAGGGAGGGAGGGAAUCAAAUUGGCUCCAAGCCAAAGGCCAGGUGGAACAACUGUGUCUUACAGGCCCUGCGGAAAGAAAUCAGAUCCUGCAGGGCCCUGGUCUCAUGAGGCAGAGCGUUCCACCAGGCUGGAGCCAGAGUUGAAAAGGCCCUGGCUCUGGUUGAGGCUAUUCUAACUUCCUUAGGGCCCGGGACCACUAGGGUGUUGCUAUUUAUGGACCUUGAGGCUCUCUGUGGGGCAUACCGGGAGAGGCGGUCCCGUGGGUACGAGUCCUAGGCUGUGAAGGGCUUUAAAGGUCAAAAGCAGCACCUUAAAUCUGACCCUGUACUCCACCGGGAGCCAGUGCAGCUUGAAAAGCACUGGGUGAAUAUGCUCCCAUGGCAGAGACCCCGUGAGGAGCCUCGCUGCAGCAUUCUGCACCUGCUGGAGUUUCUGGGACAGCUUCAAGGGCAGCCCCGCGUAGAGCGAAUUACAGUAGUCAAGCCUGGAGAUGACCGUCGCAUGGAUCACUGUGGCCAGGUCGGGGCGGGAAAGGUAAGGGACUAACGGCUUGAUGCGGUGGAAAAAUGUCGCCUUGGCUGUUGCUGUAACCUUGCGCCUCCUUGGAAAGGGGGGUGUCAAGUAUUACACGCAAACUCUUAACGGAAGGCAAUGGCACUAAUUGGGCCCCCGCAAGAGAAGGGAGUUGGUCCCUCAUCCCCAUGCCGUCCCGACCCAGCCAUAGGACCUCUGUCUUCAAAGGAUUUAGUUUCAAUCAGCUCCCAUGAAACCAUCCAGCCACAGCUUCCAAGCAUCUGGUCAGUGUGUUUGGGGCCGAGUCGGUGUGGCCAUCCAUCAACAGAUAGAGCUGAGUGUCAUCAGCAUAUUGGUGACAGCCCAGCCCAAAGCUCCGGAUAAUCUGGGCAAGGGGGCGCAUAAAGAUGUUAAAAAGCAUCGGGGAGAGGAUUGCACCCUGUGGCACUCCACGCACCAAGGAGUGGCGCGACGACAUUUCCCUCCCUAGUGCCACCCUCUGUCCCCAACCAGAGAUAAAAGCACAGCCAGUUACGGGCUAUGCCCUGUAUCCCCACGUCUGCGAGGCAGUGGUCCAGAAGAUCAUGAUUGACCAUGUCAAAGGCUGCUGACAAAUCUAAAAGGAUCAGCAGUCCUGACCCGCCUCGAUCCAGUUGUCUACGGAGAUCAUCUGUUAGGGCAACCAGAGCCGUUUCGGUCCCAAAACCAGGACGGAAAUUGGACUGAAAUGGAUCUAAAUCCAAUGUUUCCUCCAGAAACCUACCAAGCUGUUCAGCAACCGCUCUCUCAAUUACCUUACCCAGAGAUGGAAGAUUUGAAACUGGGCAGUAAUUAGAUAGGUCUAAGGGAUCUAGUGAAGUUUUCUUUAAGAGUGGACACACCAGUGCUUCCUUCAGUUCCCCUGGGAAUGUCCCCGUGUCAAGAGACAAGUUGAUGAUUUCAACCAGGGGGGUCCGCGCAACAUCUGGACACUCCCUAAUCAGCCAAGAUGGGCAUGGAUCAAGGAGGCAGGUGGUGGGCCUACCAACUUGGAGGAAUCUAUCCACAUCAGCAGGGAGUAUCCAAUCGAAAUGGUCCAACACUGGACCUGUAGUCAGUCGACGGGCCUCCAGUUCAGUCACUGUAUCUAAAUUGGCAGGGAGGUCACGGCGGAGCAACAGGACUUUCUCUGCAAAAAAGCUUGUGAAUGUCUCACAGCUGUGGGUCGAAUUUGUUCUUAAAUUUGGUUGUCCUCCUGAGGACGUUAUUGACCUAAUUAUUCUAAAAAGUUGUGCCGGGCGAGAGCUAGCGGAUGCAAUCGAAGCUGCAAAGUAAGAUUUCUUAGCAGCUUUCAUAGCCAUCUCAUAAGCUUUCAUAAGCGUCCUAUAAGAUAUUCUUGAGGCUCCGUCACGAGUCCGUCGCCAUACUCGCUCUAGCCGUCAAGAUCCCGCUUCAUUUUCCGGAGCUCCUCAGUAAACCAAGGGGCCCCGUUUCAACGGGGUCGCAGAGGGCGCUUAGGCGCGAUCUUAUCAAUGGCUGCCAAGAGCCAGUUGUUCCAGUCCUCUACAAGGUCAUCUAAUGAGUCGCCAGGAGGAGCAGGGUCCCGCAAGGCUUGUCGGAAUCUAUCAGGAUCCAUCAGUUUUCGCGGGCGAGCCCAAAUAGGCUCGCCACCCGAGCAGGGGAGGAGCGGGAAGUCAAUCUUGGCUUUCAGAGCGUAGUGAUCAGACCAUGGCACUUCCACAGGGGGGAGCAUGAUCACAUCUAUGCCAGCCCCAAAGAUCAGAUCCAGCAUGAUGAGUGGGGCCCAAAACAAACUGGGAGAGCCCUAGUGUUAAAAAGCGGUAAGAGUUAAGAGGUAAGGUGUCUCCUUGUAUUUACUGGUUCAGGCCAAAAUGCUUGCAAAUGUUUCUCCUGACCUUAGGCUUAGGAAAAUGGCGGGAUGGGAGAAGGAAUGCCCCUCCCAGCCAUCAUGGGGAAACAAUCUGUGUUUCCAAAUGAGGCUGCAUUAUUCAGUGAGUAAUCUAUGGGAAUCAUUUCCGCAAGUGGCAUUGUUUCUCUUUAUUAUUUUCUAGUAAUAGGUUUGUUUUGUGGUUUUUAUAAGGAAAUCUGUUUUUAAGGGGAUAGGUUCAGGGAGUGAGUCCUAGCCAAUGGGAUGGCUUGGGCAGGUUCUCACGGGGAGGGGGGAUUUAUUGGGACACCCGAUUUCCGUGAUCAUGGGCAGGAGGAGGAGUUACGCUAGGACCAGACCAUGUCAUUACCGAGGGGGCAGGUUUACUCGUUUGGAGACUAUCCCUGCCUCCGGGUCUGGUCCUGACCAGAAGGUUACAGGUAUCAACAAGGGUGUCCUACAUGACCUUCAGGUGCUGCUGUGCAAUGCCAGGUCAAUGAUCCAGAAGACCACUGCCGUCCAUGACUUGAUCAUGGAUGGAGAACUUGAACUGGAAUGUGUAACAGAGACUUGGUUGGAUGAGGCAUAUGAACCUGUUCUUGCUGGUGCUUGUCUGCCAGGCUUCCCUUAUGCACAGCAACCCAGGUCCUGUGGGUGGGGAGGGGGGGUUGCAGUGAUUUUUAGGAAGUCCUUUGUUUUCAUUGGGCAUCCUUAUUAGGAAGACCCCCUUCUCUAAAGUUGGGCAAUAGGGACAGUACAGGAUUGCUAUUGGUGUACCAACCUCCCCGCUGCACCAAGGAUUCCCUGCUCACACUGCUUCAGGUCAUGUCGGAUGUUUUCCUGGAGCCACCCAUCUUGGUCCUGGGUGAGUUUAACAUCCAUGCCAACAUGACCUUACACUGCGCUGCUUGGGACUUUGUGGAAAGCAUGGCCUUCAUGGGGCUGUACCUGAAUAAGUUUGGUCCAACUCAUAGUGGCGGAUAUACCUUGGACCUGGUGUUCACCUCUAUGGAUGUGGGUGAUCUGACACUAAAAGUGAAACAAAAGAAGUUCUAUGUCGGAUCACUUCCUGUUGCAACUAGACUUCUCCGCUACCAUCCCCUGCAUAGGGAAGUGGGACUGAUUAGAAUGGUCCGUCACAGCCACUUAAUGGAUCUAGAUAGUUUCCAGAGAGUGGUAGGGGAUGUUUUAUCCCAUGUUGAUGGCCUUUCAGCUGAUUUACUGGUGGCUUGUUGGAAUGCUGUGUUAACUAGGGUUGUUGACUUGUCUGGUUCCGAAGUGCCCACUCCGAUUGCAUGGAGCCUGGAUGACCCCAUGGUUCUCCCCUGGGCUGAGGGCAAUCAAACGAUGGCUAGAGUGCCGGUGGCAGAAAACCCACUCUGAAUCAGACUUUGAGCCUACCAAGUUUUGAUAACAAUGGCAAAGAGGACCUUCUUCACCGCCUCUAUUGCAUCUGCAGAAAAUAGUUCCAGGAGACUCUUCCAGGUGGUCUGGAGUUUUACAGAUCCACCUUCACCAGCUUGAGUCCAGCACGGACUGCAAGGUCUUCUAUGAUGACUUCACAAAGCUUUUGCAGGUAAAAAUCAGAUUCGGAGGGAGGUAGACCCCACAAUGGGGCAGGGUUGUGGUGGAAGAGUGCCAGAGCUCUGCCUAGUCAUGUCGCAUGGGAACAAUUUCAGUCUGUUACAUCUGAGGAUGUGGAGAGGCUGCUUGGACAAGUGAAACUGACCACCUGUCUCCUUGAUCCUUGCCCAUCUUGGCUUAUAAAAGAGUGCUGGGAAGGGCUGGGCAAUGAGCUGUGCGGGGUGGUGAAUGCUUCCCUCCGCGUGGGAAUCUUCCCAUACCCACUUAAAGAAGCAGUUAUUAAACCUCUUCUUAAAAAGCUAUCUUUGAGCCCAGCCAUCAUGGCCAACUAUCGCCCAGGCUCAAAUCUUCCAUUCUUGAGCAAGGUGAUUGAGCAGGUGGUUGCUGAACAACUCCAGGCACGCCUGGAAGAUGCGGACCAUUUGGAUCCCUUCCAGUUGGGAUUCAAGCCUAAUCAUAGGACUGAAACUGCCUUGGUCACACUGGUCGAUGAUCUCCAGCAGCCUAGGGACAAAGGUGAGAGCUGUUUCCUAGUUCUGCUGGAUCUCUCAGCAGCCUUUGACACCAUCGACCAUGACAUCCUUCUGGACUGUCUAGAGGGGCUGGGAGCUGGGGGCACUGUUAUACAGUGGUUCCUCUCCUUCCUCCUGGGCCAUGUUCAGAAAGUGGUGUUGAGGGAUGAAUGUUCGGAUCCCUGGGUACUCACUUAUGGGGUGCCUCAGGGUUCCAUCCUCUCCCCGAUGCUUUUCAAUAUCUAUUUGAAGCCGCUGGGAGAGUUCAUCAGGGGGUUUGGGCUGGGUGUUCAUCAGUAUGCCGAUGAUACCCAGCUCUACCUCUCCUUCAAAUCAGAACCAGUGAAAGCAGUGAAAGUCCUGUGUGAGAGGGUUGGAGGAUGAAUAGUGGCUAACGCUGAAUCCUGACAAGACAGAAGUAUUGUUUUGGGGGGACAGGGUGGGCAGUUGUGGGGGACUCCCUGCUCCUGAAUGGGAUAACUCUGCCCCUCAGAUAUGAGGUGCGCAGCCUGGGUGUCAUUUUGGACUCACAGCUGUCCAUGGAGGUGCAGAUCAAUUCUGUGUCCAGGGUGGCUGUCUGCUAGCUCUAUGUGAGAUCCUCUCUGCCUGUGCCCUGUCUAACAAGAGUGGUGCAUGCUCUGGUUAUCUCCCGCUUAGACUACUGCAAUGCCCUCUACAUGGGGCUAGCUUUGAGGGUGACUCAGAAACUACAACUAAUCCAGAAUGCGGCAGCUAGACUGGUGACUGGGAGCAGCCGCCAAGACCAUAUAACACCAGUCCUGAAAGACUCACAUUGGCUCCCAAUACACUUCAAAGCACAAAGUGUGGGUGCUGAACUUUAAAGCCCUAAACAACCUCAGCCCAGUAUACCUGAAGGAGCAUCUCCAGUGCCAAGGCCCUUCUGGCAAUUCCCUCACUGCGAGAAGUGAGGUUACAGGGAACCAGGCGGGGGCCUUCUCAAUAGUGGCGCUUGCUCUGUGAAACACCCUCCCACCAGAUGUUGAGGAGAUAAACAACAAUAUGUUUUUUAGAAGACAUUUGAAAGCAAUUCUGUAUAGGGAAGCUUUUAGAGUUUGUUGGUUUACUAUGUUUUUAUGUGUGCUGGAAGCCUCCCAGAAUGGCUAGGGAAACCUAGUCAGAUGGACAGGGUAUGAAUAACAAAUUAUUGUUACUAUUACAUGAAAUGGGGAGGUUUUGCCACUGCCACUCCUGUGCCUUCUGAGAUCGCACAUCUGUGACUACCAGGUUCCAGCGAAAGAUCCCAAGAGGUCUGUGAGAUCUCCCUGGAAUCCGGAAGACACAGCCGCUUUUCGUUGCUUUUCUGGUGGAGCACUUCUUUGCCACAGGAGAAGUGAGGAGACACUGGGGCCAUGGCGAGAUCUUGCGAGUGUUCAGUAGGAGCAGGUGGGGUGCCUUUGCGGGAUUCCAGCGCCUGAGGAGGCUGCCUCAGUCCGCUUCAUGUGUGGUCCGGCCCUGCCUGUGAUUUCUCAGUCUGGUGUUCUUGGAGGUUGGGGUUCUACUGAGGACGCGGUUCAAUCCUGACUGAAGAGCUUGAUGGUGCCGUUAAGUCCACACUUGGAGGCUGAUCUCUGAGCAAUGACUGUCUUCGAGGAAUAUGCAGAGCACAGGGGCAACUCUCCACGGAUCUUCAUGCCUCGUGUGCAUGGCCAUCUUCUUACGAAGUUUCAGUUCUGGACAGAAACUAAGAAAACACUUGAGCAGCUGGUGCUGGCUGUGUUGGAGGUACUCUGGGCCUGUUCAUUUAGGAUUACGGUGGCCCCAACUGCAGUACACCUGGAGACACCUUUGAGAGGCAUACAAAACAUAAACAGGUCAUGUUUAGCAUCUUACCAAGCACCGAUAGGCAUCUGAAAAGCCGGGGGAAAGAAAACUGUCCAGAGUUGCAAUUUACUGAUGAUAUUUUUUGUUGACAGAUGGCUGGGAUGGAGGCAAGCGUGUCCAAGUCCUCAUCGCAGGCCACUGUACAGUUCUUCAGGCCAGACGUAGAGCGAUUCAUUCCAGUCUGGGAACUGACUUGGGUCUGAGCCACAUGGCCUUUGUUCAGUGGUUGGGCAGGAAGAGUUGCAGGUGGAGUCAUCUGUUGCACACAAUCUUCCAGGACAGGGUGGUCUGGCAGAAGCUGGACAUUGUGGUUCUGCACUUGGACGACUAUGAAAUGAGGUUUAUGAAGAGUGAGGAUAUAAUUUCUCAAGUGGUAGCGGAUUUGGAGGCAUUUAGGCAAACGUGGCCGGGGAUCCUUAUCCUGUGGUCCAACAUCUUGCCCAGGAGUGCCUCAUGCACUAAACCGUUCAUGAAGCGAUUGCGCCAAAAGCGGCAAUAUAUUAAUAGAGAAGUGAGAAUGGCGCUGUUUGCAACGGGGGGUGGAAUGAUAUCUCACCCCCAAAUUAAUCCCACUAGGACCGAACUUUACCGAAAGAAUGGGAUUUCCUUGUCUCCUGCUGGGAACGAUGUUUUCCUCUCUAACCUCCACAGAGAAAUAAAAGCACAUAUUCGACAGCGGUGGGGGAACAUGGACUAAGCCGAGCUUUAUCCUCCUGCGAAAGGGGAGAAGUUGGCAAAACCGCGAGUACCCCAAAUCACUUUUCAGGUUGCUAAGCGGCUCCAGGGGGACCUGUGGGGCAGGAAAGGGAUCUCUCUUGAGGUUGACCCGUGUCACUUGCCUGGAUUUGUGGGGCUCCAAGGGUGUAUGAGUCAGCCAGAGCUCACCUUAAGGGGUGCGGUGGGGGGAGAGGAGGGCAAUGGAGACCACCUUCCUCCCUGCAAGGUAGGCUUAGCCAUUCACGACAGGAUUUGGAGUCUCAGGAGAGACUUGGACUCCUGCCCACGCGUCUCCUCCUUUCCUGCCUGCCGUUUGUAAGUUAUUCUGCUGUAGUUAAUAAAGUGACCCUCCUUAAAUCUCACACUUUGUGUCUUGCCUCUUUAGUCUUUUCCUCCUCAUAUAGCUGUCUUCAACUGAUCCAGAUCCGAGACCUAUCUCUGACAAAUAAUAAUAAUAACUAUUUUAUUUUAUUAUUUGUAUCCCAUCCAUCUGUCUGGGUUACCAUUCUGGGCGGCUUCCAACAAAUAUAAAACAUAAUAAACCAUCAAACAUUAAAAACUUCCCUGUAUAGUUCUGCUUUCAUGAGACCCAACUUUAUUUUUUGUUCAUACUUUAUAGUGCUAACCAUAUGUAUUAUUAAUCACACAGAGCAAUAUACAUUGUCCUACCUUAGUGUUACUUCUAAAUAAGAACCCAUGAUUUUUAUACUUUGCCAAAAGACUGGAAAGCAUUUUAAAAUUGGCCCUUGAUAUAUUUGGAGAUGGCUCUCGGAACUUCUCAUUGUCUCCUCUUGUCCAGGCUAAACAUGGCCAGCUCCUUCAACUGUUCCUCAUAUGGCUUGUUUUCCAGACUCUUGAUCCUCUUGGUUGCCCUCCUCUGCACAUCCUCCAGCUUGUCUAUCUAUCUGGUGCCCAGAAUUGGACACAGUAUUCCAGGUGUGGUCCAGCUAAGGCAGAAUAGAGUGAGACUAGGACUCCCCUUGAUCUGGACCCUGUACUUCUGUUGAUGCAGCCUAGAAGAGCGUUAUUGCUGAAUUUCUUUUAGUUUGCCAUUGUUCACUGCCUCGGGCUGCAGGAAAUGUUGUUCAUGCCCUACAUACAGUUUGCAUUUUGGUCAGACGAGCAGGCUGAGAUCCUGACCUUGCCUCUUGGAUGUGAAAUCUGCAAAAGGGCAGAGGGCUCUUUUGCUGGAGUCCUAUAGGUAUCUCGUUGGCUACUGUGAGAACAGGAUGCUGGACUAGACGGGACACUGGCCUCAUCCAGCAGGCUUCUCUUAUGCAGCCUUAACAGCAUCAACCCAGGGAGCAUUUACAACAGGGCAGUUGGCAGCUAAAUUGGACAUUCUGAGUGUGCCCUGCAAUCAGGCGUGGUGUGUCCCAUUUCUCCGCCUGAGAUGAAAUGGGGAGGCUUUGCUGCUGCCACUGCUACACCAAGGACUCGCUUUAUGGAAUCGCGCGUCUGCACGUUCAAUGAGAUAUCCCAAGAGGUCUGUGAGAUCUCCCUGGAAUCUGGAAGCCACAGCCACUUCUUGCAUCUCUGUGGGGCACUCCUUUGCCACAGGAGAAGUGAGGAGACGCUGGGGCCGUGGCGAGAUCUUGCAAGUGUUCAGUAGGAGCAGGUGGGGUGCCAUUGCGGGAUUCCAGUGGCCAAGGAGGCUGCCUCAGUCCGCUUCGUGUGUGGUCUGGCCCUGCCUGUGAUUUCUCAGUCUGGUGUUCUUGGAGGUUGGGGUUCUAUUGAGGACGUGGUCCAAUACUGACCGAAGAGCUCGAUGGUGCCAUUAAGCCCACGCUUGGAGGCUGAUCCCUGAGCAGUGACUGUCCUUGAGGAAUAUGCAGAGCAUAGGGGCAACUCUCCAGGGAUCUUCAUGCCUUGUGCACAUGGCCAUCUUCUUACGAAGUUUCAGUUCUGGACAGAAACUAAGAAAACACUUGAGCAGCUGGUGCUGGGUGUGUUGGAGGUACUUUGGGCCUGUUCAUUUAGGAUUGUGCCUCAAUUUGGAAACACCUCUGUGAGGCUUCUGUACCGUUGGGUUUCUGAAAAGCUGGGGAAAAGAGAACUGUCCGGAGUUGCAAUCUACUGACGAUGUUUCUUUUUAACAGGAGGCCUGGCUGGAGGCAAGCGUGUCCGAGUCCUCAUCGCAGGCCACAGUAUUGUUCUUGGCGCCAGUCAUAGAGCGAAAUACUACAGUCCGGGAGCUGACUUUGGUCUGAGCCCGGUGGCUUCUGUUCAGUGGUUGGGCAAGAUAAAUUUGAAGUGGAGUCAACUGUUGCCCACAAUCUUCCAGGACGGAGUGGUCUGGCAGAAGCCGGACAUGGUGGUCCUGCACGCAGGUGGCAAUGACCUCGGGUUGAUGCCGUAUAACAACUUGCUUAAGAAAGUGAUAGAGGAUUUGGAGGAGAUUAGGCAAAGGUGGCCGGGGGUUGUUAUCCUGUGGUCCAACAUCUUGCCCAGGAGAUCCUGGAUUAACAUGCCAAUCAUGAAGCUAUUGUGCAAAAAGCGGAAACAGUUUAAUAGACAAAUGAGAAGGGCGCUGAUUGCAACGGGGGACGGAACGAUAUCUCACUACCAAAUUAAUCCCAGUUGCAACGAACUUUACGGAAAGGAUGGGAUUUCUUUGUCUGCUGCUGGAAACGAUAUUUUCCUCUCUAAUCUCCACACAGAAAUAAAAGCACAUAUUCUGCGGCGGUGGGGGAAGAAGGACUAA